ACAAAAGUAGAAUUAAGACAUCCGGGAUAAAUGACUCAGCUGAGCUCAAUGAAGCCAAAACAUGUGCGUCCAGGCUUAAUUGGUUGCACAAAGACCAAGCCAGGAUGAGCAGACACGGAUUCAUUAAGCCAGGUGAAACCAAUCCUGGAUAGGUGCGCGCUCACGGCUCACUCAAAUAGACCCCGCCACAGAUCACAGAUGAACUGAUUUACCAUGGCAACUAGAGCCGAGUACUUUUCCCCGUCGGAAGCACAAAUCCUCAUGGAGGCAUACGUAUUGCAGACCGCCUGAAUGCGUAAGUAGUGCACAAUUACACACUCACCGCUCCGCUGAAACAUCACAAUUACAAUUCAAAUAUUUAAUUCACAUCUCCAAAAAUGCAGUUGUACUGUAAUUAUGAAACGGUUAAAUUUUUAAUUGAAAUGCACUGCAGAUAUGAGUGAAAUUGUGUAAAGUAACUCCAUCACACUGUAUAAAGCUAUGAUAAAUUUUUUGAUAUUUUUACUGAAAACAAGACAAAAAUACCAAGUAAUUUUUUGCAGUGUGACUCCAUUAAAUGUGUGUGUGUGUGUGUGUGUAGAUUAAACAUGAACGGGCCAAAACGGACAUGGCAGCAGGUCAAAAUCAAAUACAAGAACAUUCUGCAGAAUGCAGUGAAAAAGAAUACCCACAGACAAGGCACGGGUGGUGGGUCACCAAAGGCUGACCUUACCCCAGCAGAGGACAUGGCCUUGGAGCUAAAUAAAGGCAGGCCCGUCUUAGAGGGGAUCCCUGGGGGGAAAGAGACGAGCAUAGGUUCCUCCCAAGAUGCCACCCGCUUCAUUCAAGUGCCUGGCAGCACUGUGUUCCUGUUAGAGCCACCAGCACAAGCACCAGACGAUGCUGAUCCAGGUGAAGGCCCCAGUGCAGCAGCAACAGCACAUGAUGGAGACGAUGAUGAGGAGGAGACCAUCUCUCUGGAUUCCAGAAGGCAUGAGGACCCAGAUGCUAUACAGUGGGAAAACCAGCCUGGCAACAUAAGCUCACAAGCUAUCAGAAAGUUGUAUGGCAACCACCUCCGGCGCCAAAUAGAACUGGCAGACAUAGACAUUCAGUACAAGAAGAAAAAGAUGGAAAAUCUUGCACUGGAGUCCGAAAUAAAAAAGAGGACAAUUAGGAAACUGGACCUUGAAAUAAAAAAACUUGAGAGGGAGCUCCAAGAAGAUGACACAGCUCAAAAUAAAAAUUAGCAAUCAGUACAACCAAGUCAUCGUUAUAAGGCAUCGCCCUCUUUUGCCCACCCCCAGCACCAGGUGUGGCCACUAGCCUAUAUGAAGGCCCAAAAUUGUGUGUUCCUUUCUGCUCUGACAAUGGCAUGCCCAUUCGUGCGAGAUGUGGUGGAUGAAGAAGCACUUGUGCUGAGGAGAGCCUUCAGGCGAGAAAGGGUCUUCAGGGACCGGUUGGACCCACUGGCCUUCCCUGAUGACCAUCUAUAUGAAAGAUACAGGUUUUCUGCAGAUGGCAUCAGGUAUCUAUGCAGACUACUGGGUCCCAGGAUUAAGCACCGCACUGCACGGAGCCAUGCACUGAGUGUGGAGCAAAUGGUUUGUGUGGCCUUGCGCUUUUUUGCUAGUGGAGCCUUCCUGUACUCAGUGGGGAUGCAGAACAGCUGAACAAGGCCACAAUUUGCCGCACAAUAAGGAGUGUGUGUCUGGCUAUCAAAGCAUUAGCAGAUGUCUUCAUCUCCUUCCCUGGCCACAGAAGACUCUGUGACAUCAAAGAGGAGUUCUAUAGGAUUGCAGGUUUCCCCAAUGUCAUUGGUGCAGUGGACUGCACACACAUAAGGAUAAAAGCCCCCUCAGGUGCCCAUGAGGCCGAUUUUGUGAAUAGGAAAUCCUUUCACAGCAUUAAUGUUCAGAUGGUCUGCAAUGCUGACUGUGUGAUCAGCAAUGUUGUGGCAAAAUGGCCUGGCUCAGUCCAUGACUCCAGAAUCUUUCGGGCCUCUGAAAUCUCUCAGUGCCUAUCACAAGGUGAAUUCUCUGGUGUGUUGCUGGGAGACAGGGGGUAUGGCUGCCAGCCUUUUCUCCUGACACCUUUCACAGACCCCCAGGAAGCACAGCAGGCCUACAACCAUGCCCAUGCCAGGACCAGGGCCAGAGUUGAAAUGACCUUUGGCCUCCUGAAGGCACGCUUUCACUGCCUUCACAAAUUAAGGGUCAGCCCUGUUAGGGCAUGUGAUAUUACUGUGGCUUGUGCUGUCCUCCACAAUGUGGCCUGCCUGAGGAAGGAGAGGGCCCCCAGAGUGCCACCAGCCAUGGACUGGGACAAUCCGGCAAUCUUCCCUGAUGACGACAGUGGUCGGCUGCUGAGGGACCAAUAUGUGUUGAAUUAUUUUAGUUAGUAUGUGUGCUUUCAAUUUUGGUUAAAUAUGUCCUGCGGUGGCAGAGGAAUUUGGGUUUUUUGGGUUCGUUUUUUGACGAAUUUGGCCUCUUAUGAUGUUUGUGCGGUAUACUGUGUGUAAUACAAGGCUGCAGGGAGGCUACUGCAUCCAUUCAUUUGUCUGUUCAGUUGAUGUGUAUGGAUUUGUCCUGCAUUUAUUUUAGUGUGCAGACAUGCAGGGUGUGUUAUAUACAGACCUUUGAAUGUGUAUGUAUCAUUUUGUAUAAUAUGCUUGGAUUCUGUGCUUUCCAUCUUGUAGAGUCACUGUGACUUCAGUUUCGAAAGGAGCUGAUGGUUUACCUGCUUUGUUUUGUCCUUAUUCAAUAAAGGAACAUAAUGUUACACAUUGUGUUUUUAUAUUCA